GCAUAAAUAGCAAGACUCCUACUGUCUUCUCUUGCAGAGCAACUCAGCUGCCAGCAAAAGCAGGUGCUCUCCCCCUACCAGUGCUCCAGAGGAAAUAUUUAGGAAUGGAAAACCUGACGUUUGUCUACCGCUCCUGUAAAGUUAUCUGGACAUUACUUGUAACAAUACUAGGUUAUGCCAGCAGCUUUCCUGUGGGUGAUGAUUCUAUUUGCACAGCAGAGGAUCUUGCUAAAUACAGCAUAAUCUUCACAGGGAAAUGGAGUCAGACUGCUUUCCCUAAGCAGUACCCACUUUAUAGGCCCCCAGCACAGUGGUCAUCAAUGCUAGGUGUUACUCAUAGUUCUGACUACAGCAUGUGGAAAAAAAAUGAAUAUGCCAGCAAUGGUGUCCGUGAUUUUGCUGAAAAGGGUGAAGCAUGGGUAUUAAUGAAAGAAAUAGAAGAAGCUGGAGAGAAAAUUCAGAGUGUACAUGGAAUCUUCUCUGCUCCUGCCAUUUCCAGUGGUACAGGACAAACGUCUACUGAAUUAGAAGUGCAUCCAAGACAUCCCUUAGUUUCAUUUGUUGUACGAAUUGUUCCAAGCCCCGACUGGUUUGUGGGUAUUGACAGUCUAAAUCUCUGUGAAGGAGACCACUGGAUGGAAGAAGUAUCAGUAGACCUAUCUCCAUAUGACGCUGGAACUGACAGUGGUUUCACAUUUUCCUCCCCAAACUUUGCCACUAUUCCACAGGACACAGUUACAGAGAUCACUUGCUCCUCUCCAAGCCACCCAGCAAACUCAUUUUAUUAUCCCAAACUCAAAAUUUUGCCACCUAUUGCUCAAGUAACAAUGGUGAAAUUAAAGAAAAACCAGCUGGGUCUUUCUGCACCUUUUAUUAAUCCUCCAGCUAAAAGCAAUGAAGUAAUAGACUCUGUCUUAGAAACACCACUGGACUGUGAGGUUUCACAAUGGUCUUCCUGGGGUCUCUGUAGAGGUAUUUGCAGAAAGACAGGGACCAAGAUCAGAACUCGUUUUGUACUUCUUCAGCCUGCCAAUAAUGGAAUGCCUUGCCCAAAUCUGGAUGAAGAAACAGGAUGUGAACCAGAGAAUUGUGUCUGAAAUAAAGAAAAUAUAAUAAUUUAGAUAAUUUAAAAGUAGGAUAAGUUUAACUAAAUCUCCACUACGUCAGUCAACAUUCCUUAUAAUUUGGGUAUGCUGCACUAUUUUGCUGAAAAGUAUAUUAGACUGAUUUUGAAAGCUGUUGUUUAAUAUCAAGAUUUUGAGGGGUUAAAUUCCUAAGGUUUAGUGUGACAACAGUACUUGACUGUUAACAGACCAAAAACCCCAAAUAAAUCCUUGCUAUAAAUAUACUGUAAGUUCUUGGAGUACCCUCUAGUGGCAGAAAAGAAGACAUUUGGAAAGAUUAUACUUCACACAUAACAAAAACCUUUCAGUCACAAAAUAUAAACUAAUAACGCUCUUAAAUACUGUAAUUUGUUGAUCUACAGCUAUUUAUAUCUAGAAAUUAAUUUUGUCUCUAAAUUAUGUUUUUAUAAUUUAUUGGCAUUUUUGUUGUCUUUCUAGACUUGUUUAACAUGCAUUGCUUCCGAAACUACCUACAUAAAUCAGAAUGAUCGGAUGUUUGCAGUGUGGUUAAGACAAUAGUAUAACUGAGUAAACUUGUCGUGAGACUUAGGAAUAUAUGAAAAUGCCUUUUUCUUUUUUUCUCAAGAGUGAGAAGAAUAUGUUACAAGGAUGCUCAGCCAACAAAAUUGCGAGAAAAAUCAGAAGUGUGGAUACUAGUAGAAAACCUGUGAGCUUAAUUAAAAGUGUUAUCUGAGAUCUAAAACCUGACUGAUUGUCACUGUGUGUCCCUUAUAAGACAACUAUCUCAAAACUA